GAUGGCGGCACCCAGGGAGUGGCUGGGAACAGUAGAGGCAGAGGGGAUCGCGGGUCGUCAGGGAAGCUCGGGAGUGGAGGUGGUAUUUCCUUCCGAUCCCGCCACCCCCGCCCCGCUGUGCCCUCACGGACCCACUCUUCUGUUUGUAAAGGUGAACCAAGGGAAAGAAGAAACACGGAGAUUCUAUGCCUGCUCAGCCUGUAGAGAUAGAAAAGACUGUAAUUUUUUUCAGUGGGAAGAUGAAAAGUUGUCAGGAGCUAGACUUGCUGCCCGAGAAGCUCAUAACCAAAAAUGCCAGCCUCCUCUCUCCCGAACGCAGUGUGUGGAAAGGUACUUGAAGUUCAUUGAGUUGCCCUUGUCUCAGAGGAAGUUUUGUCAGGGAUGUCAGCAGCUGCUGUUGCCAGAUGACUGGGAGAAGCAUCAAGAGCACCGGGUGGUAGGUGAUAUUUCUAUCACCCAGUUGAAAAGGCCCAGUCAGCUUCUUUAUCCACUGGAAAACAAGAAGACAAAUGCCCAGUAUCUGUUUGCUGAUCGGAGCUGUCAGUUCUUGGUAGACCUACUUUCUACCCUUGGAUUCACAAGAGUCCUAUGUGUUGGAACACCGAGGUUGCAUGAGCUGAUCAGAUUGAAAGCAUCAGGUGAAAAGAAGUCUAACAUUAAAAGCCUUUUAUUGGAUAUUGAUUUUAGGUAUUCACAGUUUUAUGUGGAAGAUAGCUUUUGCCAUUAUAACAUGUUUAACCAUCACUUCUUUGAUGGAAAGGCUGCCCUUGAAGUAUGCAGAACAUUUUUACAGGAAGAUAAAGGUGAGGGAGUCAUUAUGGUGACAGAUCCUCCUUUUGGUGGCUUGGUUGAACCUCUGGCUGUUACAUUCAAGAAGUUAAUUGCUAUGUGGAAAGAAGGUCAAAGCCAAGAUAGCAGUCAAAAAGAACUACCCAUAUUCUGGAUUUUCCCCUAUUUUUUUGAAUUCCGAAUUCGUCAGUUUUUUCCAAGCUUCUGCAUGCUGGAUUACCAGGUAGAUUAUGAUAAUCAUGCACUUUAUAAACAUGGGAAGACAGGUCGAAAACAGUCUCCUGUGCGUAUUUUCACCAAUAUUCCACCCAACAAAAUAAUCCUUCCUAGCGAGGAAGGGUACAGAUUUUGCCCUUUGUGUCAACGGUAUGUUUCCCUAGAGAAUCAACACUGUGAGCACUGUAAUUCCUGCACCUCCAAGGGUUCAAUCCCAGGACACCAGGAUCAUGACUUGGGCCAAAGGCAGAUACUUAACCGACUGAGCCACCCAGAUGCCCCUAAAUUCACUUUAUGUGAGGUACUGUAUGAUUACUAAAAUUAGGAGUGUCUCAAGGCAAGAGGUGAGUGCUGAACUUUGUUGAGGGUAAAAUUAAGAUGUUUCACAUAAGGGACUGAACCACAAGAUACCAUCCCUAUUUUGAUGAAACAGUAAGAACAUACACUGUGUACUUUUUAUGUACCAGGGCCUUCCCUGAGGGCUGUCCAUGGAUUAACUCAGUUACCACACAAAGCCCUAGUAGAGAAGUACUCUCCAAUUUUUACAGGUCAGGAGGGACUACAGGGAUAUACCUCCUACUCAUUGUCUUAAGGAGGUAGGGUAGCCCUUUAGGUGGCCUUAAAUCCAGUCAGAAAGAACAGGUGAAGUUUAGAUUGGCUAAUAGUAAAAAUGAUUCGCCGAACGAAAGGCUGUAUUUUUUAUAACCAUCAUAAAGUACAUUUUGCAUAACUUUAUCAUUUUGUUAUUGGUUAUACUUGUUUUUAACUGUGGUAGCACAUCUAAUUACAUGUAUUUUCAGUCAGCGGAGAUAUUUUCUAUGUCCCUUAUUUUAAAAAAAUUAUGCUCAGGUUAUUUUCAUAAAGCUCAAAAUGAGGAAAACAAAAUUUUAUUAUUUAGAGAUACACACAUAAGUGGUAAAAAUAAACAAAGGCGAGGAAGUGACGAUCACAGAAAUCAGAGUACGUGUUACUUGGUGGGGCAGAGGAAUGGUGGAUUGGGAAGGGUACUUGGGGGAGUGUCUAGGGGGUCAGCAGUAUUCUCUUGACCUAUUGGGAUUCAUCAGUGUGUAACUCUCAUUAAAUUGGACAUGUAAGAGUCUUACAUACUUUUCUAGGUAGUUUUAGUUCACAGAUUUAACAUUACCCAAACAGUACCCUGUAAUCUCUAUCUUUUUAGAUGAUCUAAAGUUCUCAAAUUCGAAUUUCAUUAAGGAUUAUGCUGCAUAGGCACGUAAAAGUUAUGAAUCAUUAAUUCUCUUGAAAUUUUCAUUGAAUCCUUCUUUGUGCAGUUUGGGUUGCUUGAACUGGAGUGGACUUUCAAGUUCAUGUAGAUAAAUCCCCUAGUUUUCCAGUUAAGGAAAUUGGGGCCCAUCAAGGAGGUGUUUGAGUUGAGUGGAGAAAUGCAUAGAUUAAAAUCAAAGUAUUUAAUUGUGAAGCCCAGGAAAGUGAGAAAUAAGGAAUGAAUAAUUUACACAGAUUUUAAUAAGACAUUUUA